UAAACCAGGCCUAAGAAUGGUCAUGAAUAUGUUUUACGUUUUCUCGUUCUCGAGCGCCGCUAUGUCCACGUGUUCUAACAUGAACUAGCUAAUAAAACAGUUCACGACUCAAUUCGAUUGUGUUCUAGGCUGUGUGUCUCAUCGCACAGUUUUCUCUCUGUGUAUACCCAGAAGUCCUUGGGUUUAUAUCCGCCGUACGUCUAUUUCGACGAUACACAUGGCUUCGAAAAAAAUGUCGAAGGUCAUUCGGAGACGUUUCGGAAGUCUGCUUGACGGUCGUCUGUUAGCGCAUCGAGACUGAAUCAGAAUCCCGUCGUUCCGACGUGUGUCCACUGAAAACACGCGCGAAUAUCAUAAUUUUUUGUUUUUGUUUGAGUCGCCCGAGAACGCAUUGCUUACUGAAUAAUCCGUCGUGAAUUUGUUGUUAGUCGCGUCGGUGUUGAAUAAUCGGUCGCACACGUGUGAGUCAUUAAAGAAAAAGAUUGGUAUACGUUACAACGUGCGGCGGAGUCCAAGUUUCUUAUUAUGUGCGCAAAAAUGGCUUUUUCGCAUCAGCCGGGUACUGUAAUGGAGUGCCUAAGUAUACCAAUUACAUUACACAAAGAAACAGAAAUCAAUGAAAACGGCGAGGAAGUAAUGAAAUGUGGCUUCAAAAUUGGUGGUGGAAUCGAUCAAGAUUAUACCAAAAGUCCACAGGGUUACACUGACAAUGGUAUAUAUGUAACUGAAGUACAUGAUGGAUCACCGGCUGCGAAGAGUGGCCUUAGGACACACGACAAGAUUUUGCAGUGUAACGGAUAUGACUUUACAAUGGUAACUCAUAAAAAAGCAGUUUCUUAUAUAAGAAAACAUCCGGUAUUGAACCUCUUAGUAGCUCGUAAAGGUGUAACCAGUACUUAAGAACAUGCCAAAAAUUCAUAUAUUACUCGAUAAAUAUUUAUUUCACACUCUUGAAUGAGAAGUCUAUAUUCGUCCCCCAUUUAUAAUUUUUCUGCCAAAUAUUACAAUAGAUGUUAGCGAUCUGUUUGAUUAACAUGUUGAAUAAUGUUUCUAAUCUUAUGAUGCGAAAUACCAUGUUUUAUACAUUAUGUGACAACUAAAAUUGAUUUGUUAACAUAGAAAAAUCAGAUUAUCAGUAUUGCUAAAGUGUCUGAAAAGAGAUAAAGAAGUAUAUCUUCGUUUAUUUCCAAACUGGAGACAAAUAGAAAUCAUACCUGCUUGAUACUUGUUAGUAUCUUUAUAAAGCAGUUUUAUGAGAGACAUGCCAAAGUAAAUAAUACAGUUGCAUUUACUCACGUAUAUCUUUGACUCUAAAAUUGUGGAUUUCUGUUUUUUUCCCACAAAAGAGAAAUUUAACACAGAAAUUCAAGCAUUUACGUAUCUUCAUGACAUAAUAAUAGAGUCUAUAUUUAUAUAUAUAUAUAUAAUUAUAUAUAUAUAUAUUUAUAUUUAUUUAGUUGAAUUCUAUAGUUUUAUAGUCAAAGAUAUGUAUAAUAGACAUAUAUAAUAUUCACUUUUAUAUAUUUUAUAUUCGUAUUAUACACUCGAUUACUCUUUAAGUUCAGAUAUUACAAGAGAAUAGGUAAUAUAUAUGUGAAGGAUAUUUUGAGAAUUUAAUGUUUACGAAAUAUUUUAUAUAUACAUAC